CUCUCUCUCAGUUCACUCCUCUCUCAGUUCACUACUUUCACCAGGCAGCACUACUUAUCCGGCUGCGCACGUGGAAAGACUAUAACUGUUGCAGCUGCCGAUCCAAGCGCGCGCUCCGCUCCUUAAUGAGAACUUUACCCACUUGUGUCGGGAUCCCAAUGCUGUCUGCAGGUUUCACUUCUUUUUCCAGAGUCCCCGCGCGGAAGAAGGAACACUUUGUAGACCUGAAUCCUCACAGAGAAUGACUCCCGCAUAACUUCGGGUAUUGUUGUUAUCUACCCCCCUCCUUCCUGUCUCGUUUUCCCCUGUCCCGCGCUCUCCAGGUUAAGUCACUGCACAUAAGUAUGGUAGAUAAAGGCCCCUUGUUGACCUCUGCCAUUAUUUUUUACCUGUCCAUUGGGGCAGCUAUUUUUCAAGUCCUGGAGGAGCCCAAUUGGAAGCGUGCUGCCAAGGACUACACUGCAGAGAAGGAAAAAAUACUUAAGGACUAUCCCUGUCUGACGAAAGAUGAUUUGGACAGAAUAUUAGAGGUUGUGUCUAAGGCUGCAGGCCAAGGGGUCACAAUAACUGGCAGCAAGACCUUCAACAACUGGAACUGGCCGAAUGCUGUUAUCUUCGCUGCCACUGUUAUCACUACGAUCGGAUAUGGAAACAUUGCACCAAAAACAUCAGCAGGACGAGUAUUCUGCAUCUUCUACGGACUCUUUGGCGUGCCGCUGUGUCUCACGUGGAUCAGCGAGCUGGGAAAGUUCUUUGGUGGCCGAGCCAAGCAUCUGGGCCAAUUUCUAACCAAGAAAGGAUUCUCACUGAGAAAGGCUCAGUUUACCUGCACGGCCAUCUUUCUGCUCUGGGGUGUGCUGGUCCAUUUAGUGCUUCCACCUUUAGUUUUUAUGUCCCAGGAGGGUUGGACGUAUGUCGAAGGCUUGUACUUCUCAUUCGUCACCUUGACCACCAUUGGAUUUGGGGACUUAGUUGCAGGUGUGGAUCCAAACAAAGUAUACCCAACUUUGUACCGUUAUUUUGUGGAAGUCUGGAUCUACCUGGGCUUGGCCUGGCUGUCAUUGUUCUUCAACUGGAAAGUGCGAAUGGUGAUCGAGGCCCACAAGGCGCUAAAGAAACGUCGGAAGCUCCGCAAGCUAUCUCUGGAGGAGCUCCGGCACUACAAAGAGUCUCACAAAGCUUCCCUCCGUUUGCCGCCCACGCCCAACGACGUCAACAUCUUCAGCUUUCUGUCCAAGAAGCAGGAGGGCUACAACGACUUGAUCAAACAGAUCGGCACAAAAGGAGACAGCAGAAGUAACAACAGCAGCUCAAUCACCCUCAACAAAUCCAAGGACAUCAAUCGAUCCAAGAGUUGCAACGAUGCUCCCAUGUUCAACGGUCACACCAUCCUCAGCCUGGAUCGUUCUCCACGCCAAAAGAGGCGCUACAGUUUCAGCGACCGUGUCACUGUGGCUUUUUCAAAGUCCAAGAACUACCUCUUGGGCUCGGACAAUGGUUUGCUGCUAACAGAGGACCAAGUAGAGGGCGACCUAGAACUGGACCAGGACCAAAUGUUCGAGAACCAGCUUGACAAGGACGUGGACCUGGAGAACGAAGGUGUGGGGGAUUGUGGAGCAGGUGGUCGAAGGACAUGGGACUCAAAAGACUACCAUGCUCUAACAAUCCAAAACGCAAACAUUACUUUUAUAGACGAGGAGAACUUCCUCAGUAAUAACUUGCAGGAAGUCGGGGAGGACGAUGACGAUUAUGACGACGAUUCCAAAGCGAAGAUAUCCGUCACAACAUGUGAUGAAAACAUUGAAACGAACUCAAAGGAAGAGGCGGGUUCUGAAUCUGAAGAGUCUGUGUUCACGAGCGACGGCUCGGAGCACAGCCACUCCUACGAGAAACUUGUGGAGGAGUACGCAAAGGAAGAAAACACAGACUCCUGAUCCUUCCCGUCGAAUGGAUUUGAUUUGAAGUAUUUUAAUGUGAAUCAUUUGAAAUGUAUCAGCAGUCCCAUUGCACUUCUGGGAGUCUGAUAACAAAAACUGCGAAGCCUUGAUCAAACUUUGAAUGAAUGUCCUUUUCUUAGCCGAGAAUGAAAAUCCACACUUUCAUAUUUUAAAGUUUUCUAUCACUUCUUGAACAAAAUCGUGAUGUGCUAAUGAAUACGGAUUAAUGAGCAUGAUACCUAACCCAAUGAGUAUUGUACAUCUGCUCUAUUUAUGUCUUUUAUACCGUUUUGUGCCACACAUUAUUUCCAAACCAAUUACUAUUUUCAAUGAGUACUUGUUAUGUCGGCCAACAAGAAAUUACGAGUGAAAGGUGUUUGAUUUCUUGAUGCAUAUUCACCAUAUUGGUGUUUUUAUAGUAUUUAUUAAAAUGAAGGACACAGUAGCCUUUUUAUUCACUGGCUAUGCAGGUUUGCAUGCCUCCAUUGCACAAUUCAACCAGAUGUGGACGGUUAGAAGUCCGAUUUCAGUUCAGUGUCUUUCAAACCUGAGCCAUUUGUCCUUAAAGAAACCGAAGCAGGGUUAAGAGCCAGUCGUCUCUUUUCAUUUCAUUUGUUUCUUUUGUGAAGUCCUUGACAACUUGUGUUUCAGAUUGCUGUUUAUUUUGGCUGCGAGCGAUAUAAUUAUGACUGCACUGAAGGGUCACAAGUGAUGCAACAACAACCAAGAGUCGAGAGCCAAACGAGAGUCAGCGUACAACAUCAUUAGGAGCAUUUCUGUCCAACAGAAAUACUGAGACAAUACUUGUGUGCCUUCUUUUAACUUCUUCCAAGAUUUCCUCCCUUUUGUCCCAAAGAAUCAUCCCGUUGUGAGUGUAGAUGCUUCUCAGAAUACAAACGAGUUUCAUGGACACAUACUUCACUGUCAUGUUUUCUUCUGGCAGCAUUUAAAGUGUCCGUCUGUGGCUCCUCCACCAUGGCAGCGCAUAAUGAGAGCGCCGACUUUCACAGCCUCAAUAUCCGCUCAUUUUCUCUCCGUUUCACCCCUUCACUUCAUUGUGUUUGCCAUGUAAAUAUUGGCCCAAAGCCCAUCAGUAGCCACAAACAAGGCUCUUGCUCAGGACAUGGCCUGACCGCUCAUGUUUGCCUUUGAGCGCUCGCACUUGCACGAAUGACUGAAGUACCGCUUGUGACAGGCAGCAGAGGUUAACUCGUAACGGAUCAAUACUCUCUUGACGUAGGCUUAAGUAAUUGGAAGUGACGUCAUCAGUCAUCAGUAUUGGUCCCAUUUACUGUACAGUAUUUCCUCCUUCUUUGCAUGUAAAACUAGAGGGACCAAAACGAUUUCCACAGUUUGAAGAGAUCCUGCUCACUCACUGUCUUUUGCACGCUUUAACUUGCACACAAAAGCUCACAACAGUGUUACGUUUGCAGUAUCACUGAAGCCUUCUGUGAAUAUAAACCACGUCUCUCCAUUAAAGCCACUUGGAUGAAAUAAUGGUGCAAUAUUUGCGCCUUACAUGUGACUUCAAUCCACUGCAAAACCGAGGAUAACAGAUAACUGAUAUCUUUGACCCAGAGUGCUUUUAAUCUCCUCUUUCUCGUCUUGUAUUUCAUCACCCUCGACUGCAGUGAACAUUUCCUUCUUUCUCUUUGUUAUUCUUCCUUGAUGCUUACGUGCAACAUUGUUAGACAGCCAUGGUACUCGUCUGGACUGAAUUCAAGCAUCUUUCAAGAUAAUUAUGAAACAACAGGUUAGGCUGGUUCCACCCUUUGUCCCAAGUUUUUCUGAAAUGUCGCUCCAUUGUGUAAAAAAACUCCAGUAAAGUUGUUUGUGAAUGUC